GGUCGGCGGUUGCCUCUCUCGGGGAGCGGCGGAGAGGCUGGCGGCGGACCCCGGCGCUCAGAGCCCGGCUGAUUGGAAGAGAAAAUCGCAGCGCCAUGGAGGCGGGGGGAAAAAAGCGCGAUCGUCUCUGCGGGGACUGGAGCGCGUCCACGCCCGGGGCCAGCGCUGCAGAGCUGGCCGCCGUUCAACCACCGCUUCCCCGCCCCGGCCCCGCCGAGCGAACCCCGGCCCCGCCGCGGCCCCCCAAAGCCCCGCAGAGCCACCUCGGGUAGUGCCAGGGAGCCGGCGGGGACCGUGCUGGGCACAGGCAGGAGGAGGAUGAACGGAGAAGCCGAGUGCCCUGCAGACUUGGAAAUGACAGCUCCCAAAAACCAAGACCGUUGGUCUCAGGAGGACAUGCUGACCCUGCUGGAGUGCAUGAAGAACAACCUCCCCUCCAACGACGGGAGCAAGUUCAAAACCACCGAGUCCCACCUGGACUGGGAGAAAGUGGCAUUCAAAGACUUCUCGGGGGAGAUGUGCAAGAUGAAGUGGAUGGAGAUCUCCAACGAGGUGAGGAAGUUUCGGACCCUCACAGAGCUGAUUAUGGAUGCUGAAGAACAUGUGAAGAAUCCUUACAAGGGCAAAAAACUCAAGAAACACCCCGACUUCCCCAAGAAGCCCCUGACCCCCUAUUUCCGCUUCUUCAUGGAGAAAAGGGCCAAAUAUGCCAAGCUGCACCCCGAGAUGAGCAACCUGGAUCUCACCAAGAUCCUCUCCAAGAAAUACAAGGAGCUUCCCGAGAAGAAAAAGAUGAAAUACAUCCAGGACUUCCAACGAGAGAAGCAGGAAUUUGAGAGGAACUUGGCAAGGUUCAGGGAAGAUCACCCGGAUCUCAUCCAGAACGCCAAGAAAUCCGACGUCCCCGAAAAGCCCAAGACCCCCCAGCAGCUGUGGUACAACCACGAGAAGAAGAUUUACCUGAAAGUGCGUCCAGAUGCCACCACGAAGGAGGUGAAAGAGUCGCUGGGCAAGCAGUGGUCUCAACUCUCGGAUAAAAAGAGGCUGAAAUGGAUUCAUAAGGCCCUGGAACAACGGAAGGAGUACGAGGAGAUCAUGAGGGAUUACAUCCAGAAGCACCCCGAGCUGAACAUCAGUGAGGAAGGCAUCACCCGCUCCACCCUCACCAAGGCUGAGCGACAGCUCAAGGACAAGUUUGAUGGACGACCCACAAAGCCACCCCCGAAUAGCUACUCCCUGUACUGUGCAGAGCUGAUGGCCAACAUGAAGGAUGUGCCCAGCACUGAGAGGAUGGUGCUGUGCAGCCAACAGUGGAAACUGCUGUCCCAGAAGGAAAAAGAUGCCUACCACAAAAAGUGUGAUCAGAAAAAGAAAGACUACGAGAUCGAGCUCUUCCGCUUCCUGGAGAGCCUGCCCGAGGAGGAGCAGCAACGGGUACUGGGAGAGGAGAAGAUGCUAGGCAGCAACAGGAAAGGGGCAACAAGUCCAGCAUCCAAAAAAUCCUCACCAGAGACUGGCAAGGCCAGCUCGGAGAAGCCCAAACGACCCAUUUCUGCCAUGUUCAUCUUCUCGGAGGAGAAGCGGAAGCAGCUGCAGGAGGAGCGGCCGGAGCUGUCAGAGAGCGAGCUGACCCGGCUGCUGGCCCGCAUGUGGAAUGACCUCUCUGAGAAGAAGAAGGCCAAGUACAAAGCACGGGAGGCGGCGAUGAAGGCGCAGUCGGAGAAGAAGCACGGAUCAGAUAAAGAGGAACGUGGGAAGCUGCCCGAAUCCCCCAAAACAGCUGAGGAGAUCUGGCAGCAGAGUGUCAUCGGGGACUACCUGGCUCGUUUCAAGAACGACCGAGGGAAAGCUCUCAAGGCCAUGGAGGCCACUUGGAAUAACAUGGAGAAGAAGGAGAAGCUGAUGUGGAUCAAGAAAGCAGCGGAGGAUCAGAAGCGAUACGAGAGGGAGCUGAGCGAGAUGCGGGCCCCUCCGUGCUCCACCAACUCUGCCAAGAAAAUGAAAUUCCAGGGAGAACCCAAGAAACCCCCCAUGAACGGGUACCAGAAGUUCUCCCAGGAGCUGCUGUCCAACGGGGAGCUGAACCACCUCCCUCUGAAGGAGAGGAUGGUGGAGAUCGGGAGCCGCUGGCAGCGCAUCUCCCAGGGCCAGAAGGACCACUACAAGAAACUGGCAGAGGAGCAGCAGAAACAGUACAAGGUGCACCUCGACAUCUGGCUCAAGAGCCUCUCACCCCAGGAGCGAGCUGCCUACAAGGAACACACUUCCAACAAACGUAAGAGCAUAGGGAAGAUCCGAGGCCCCAAUCCUAAGAUGAAGCCAACGAUGCAGUCCAAGUCGGAGUCAGAGGACGACGAUGAGGAGGAAGAGGAGGAGGAGGACGAUGAUGAAGAUGAGGAUGAUGACGAUGACAACGGGGACUCUUCAGAGGAGGGGGGGGACUCCUCAGAGUCCAGCAGUGAGGAGGAGAGCGAGGAUGGGGAUGAGAACGACGAGGAUGAUGAGGAUGAGGAUGAUGAGGAUGAAGAUGACAACGACUCAGAGGGCAGCAGCUCCUCCUCCUCCUCCUCGGGCGACUCCUCCGACUCCGACUCCAACUGAGCCCCCCCCACCUCAGUAACUCCCUCGCCAUUUCUCCGGUUUUGGCCCCAAAUUUACGCCCCCCCCCCCCCCCUUUCUCUCCUUCCCCCCCCCCAAUUUAAAACUUCUCCUCAAC